AGGGUUCACAUAAUGUAGAUUGUAAUUUCCAGUGAUAGAACACUAAAAAUUAAAUGAGAAUGGAUCACGAAGAAGAGUUUCUGAACACUUUCUUCACACAAGUGACACAGCUGUGCUUCGAGAAGGCCAAAGAAUCUGUGGAAAAAGAGAGAGAAUCAUGUCGACUGACUCAGAUGGGGCCCUGGGGAAUGCUACUCAUGCAUCUGCCUCAAGUGGUUGUUGCUGAACGUUCUUAUGCAGAUUUGGGAUUUUUGCACACGAAAAAUAAAGGAUUUUUACGCAAAGAUACCUCACUGAAGCCUACCUAUGAAUGCCUAAAGGGAGAUCUGAGAAGAGUUGAGGAGAUGACGAGAGGCACAAACACGAUUGGAGCUACUGUUGCUGAAGUGUCUAGUCAACUAUGUCAAUUUAUCACCGCGAGGAUACAAUUGAUAGAAUUUUACGAGAAAAUGUAUAACAUGAGUCUGACACAUAAAUCCAUGAAACAUCAGGAAUUGUUGAGAAUUAUUGAAGGGAUUGCAGACGUUCAUUCGUUGUCCUGUUGUCACAUGGCUCUGACAGCGAUUAAAGCUGCCCUAACAUUAGAAUGUGAAAUCCUGGUACAAUUGACAAGAGCGCAAGUCGAGGUCAGCAAUUGGAGAUUUUUAUCCAGUUUGAUGGCCCUGUACGGGGCACAAGCUAGAAUGACAGCUUGGGAGCGGACACUCCAAAGUAGAGAAUCGUGGAAAUUGGGAUUUGGGGCAACGUUUCUCAAAGCCAAUCAACAGCCAGCGCUCUACCAGUGGUUGGUGAAAUUGAAGUCUGCGAUUCUGGCAAAAUGCUCUUUAUAUUUUCAUACGACGUUGAGUCAACAGGCAACUCAAGGGGAAAUGCGAAAUAUCAUGAGCAAACAGAAUCUGGAUUAUUAUCACAAGAUACAAACAUUUCAGAGGAAAUGGGACGUCUUGGCUGUUUUAAUUAUAUUUGACGCACGAGGACCUGAGGAUUCAGGGCCUGGGUAUCGCCACCCUGAUAGAGAGGCUGACACCUAUGAAGAAUUUCCCAUUGUCGUUGGAUGUCCCACUAUACUUGUACAAAAGCCUUCAAUUCAUUGGGACACAAUCAAACAAGUGAUAAAAGAACGCCAGGCGGAGCUCCUUAAUAUGGACAAAAUAUUCUACAUAAAAAGCAGUAAAGAUCCGAUAAUCUAUGCCAUGUCAAGCAUAGAUCCACGAAUGACCUUGAUAACAGUGUAUGAAAGUGGAAAGCAAAAAGACAAGGAGCCUCACAUAGUGACGUUUAUGAAUGAUUUAUGCAGCCAUUUGAAAUGCAAUAAAAUUUACGAAAGUUUGAAGCUUUCAAAGUAAUAACUACCGUCAAAUCGAUAUCCCUUAUUAAAUGAGGUAAUUUAUUUUUGUACAAUGAUAAUCAUAAAUCACAAGAUAAAUUGAGGUAUGUGAAUGGACAAAAAUUAAAGUAAAAUUUAAAUAACAAA